UGUUCAGCCAUUCCGCCAAUGAGAGCCCAGCUGCCGCUCAGUCCCAGUCCAAUGAGAGCAGCAGGGUCUGGGCUCGGAUCGAGAGUUGGGUUGUUCAAUCUGUGAGGAGGACAACAAUCAGCUCCGAGUGUACCGGAUGGCUGCAUGUUGGCGAUGAAUGUGCCUGUUGGUGCAGGUGGUGACAGUGGACAUGGGUGAUCACGCUGAACAAUACUGUUGAGUUCCCUGUGGAUGUUGUGAUGUAUUGUCCCAAAUCGGAUCAAGCAGACUACUUUUACAAAUGAGUUGCAGCUUGGUUACAGGACGUGUGUCCUAUCACUGAGGCCACAUGCGUAUCAGAAGAGAUGGAUCGCUGUAAGCACGUGGGGCGCCUUCGUCUGGGCCAUGACCAUUCCAUCCUCAACCCGCAAAAAUGGCACUGCGUCGACUGCAGCACCACGGAUUCAGUGUGGGCCUGCCUCAAGUGCUCCCAUGUGGCCUGUGGACGUUUCAUGGAAGAGCACUCGCUCAAACACUUUCAGGAGUCACACCACCCACUGGCUAUGGAGGUGCGUGAGUUGGACGUCUUCUGUUUUGCCUGUGGAGACUAUGUACUCAAUGAUAACGCGGAAGGAGACCUCAAACUCCUCAGGGGGGCGCUUUCUACUGUUCGCAGCCCAGGCAGACGCUCGCUACGGUCUUCGACUGGAGGGGAGUGUACACCGUGGGUUGGGGAAGGUGGGCCACAGCCUGCCAUGCAGCUCGCCCUUCGUCACAGGAGGAAAGCACUUCUCAGGAAGAUGCUUCAGAUGUGGAUCAGCAAACAUCAGGAGCUGCAGAAUCAACGCAAAGAGAAACUUGAGGAAGCUAGAAGACAAAAAAAAGAUGUGAAAAGGAGACUCAUGGAAGAACUUGGAAAUGUUCCUCCCAGAAAGAGUGCUAGGCUUCUUACUCAGGCGCCACGUUCAACCAUCACACUCAUUCCUCGAAAAUUUCGCGACCCUCCAGAACGGCUACCUCCUCCUCCCAAGAAGCCUUCCCUUCUAACCCUGUCCCGAAAGGCUCCUCAGAAUGGCAGAGCUACUAAGCUGAGGAGAUAUUACUCCACCCACACGGUAACCCGCCGGAGACUCGCUCCGGGUGUCACUGGUCUGCGCAACUUGGGGAACACAUGCUACAUGAACUCAAUAUUGCAAGUGCUGAGCCACCUGCAGAAAUUCAGGGAGUGUUUUCUCACUUUGGACCUGUGUGAGACUGAGGAACUGCUGGCCAAGACCAAUCACUCCCAGGGGGUGAAGGGUGUGACAGGAGGCGUAGUCAGCAGUGGCAACACAGCACUGUCAGGAUGCCCUCUUGGACGCAUAGGGAAGGCAGGCAGUUGGAAUUUGCAAGUGGGCAAAAAAGAAAGUGCCCUGCCUUCCCCACAGGCUGCGGAGUUGGUCCAGCCCAAGGAGCCCCGCUGCUCCACCCGCCAGCAGAUGUCUCUGUGCCAUGAGUUACAUACACUUUUCAGGGUCAUGUGGUCAGGCCGGUGGUCUUUAGUGUCUCCCUUUGCCAUGCUGCACUCUGUUUGGAACCUCAUCCCAGCUUUCCGUGGGUACGACCAGCAGGACGCCCAGGAGUUCUUGUGUGAGCUGCUGGACAAGGUGCAGCAGGAGCUGGACACAGAGGGCUCCAAACGCAGGAUAGUCAUCCCCAUCACAAAGAGGAAACUGUCCAAACAAGUGCUAAAGGUUCUUAACACCAUCUUUCACGGGCAGCUACUCAGCCAGGUGACGUGUCUGUCCUGUAAGCACAAGUCUAACACAGUUGAGCCAUUCUGGGAUCUGUCUUUGGAGUUUCCAGAGCGAUACCACAGCAUAGGAAAAGGCUCAGGCUCCACAACGUUCCAGCGCAGCUGCACCCUCACCGAGAUGCUGUCCAAGUUUACGGAGAUGGAGGCUCUUGAAGGCAGCAUAUAUGCCUGCAACCACUGCAACAAAAAGAGACGGAAAUCAUCCCACAAACCAUUAGUUCUCUCAGAGGCAUGUAAGCAGCUUCUGAUCUACCGUUUACCUCAGGUUCUACGGCUGCACCUCAAACGCUUCAGAUGGUCGGGGCGGAACCAUAGGGAGAAAAUUGGCGUCCAUGUGGCCUUUGACCAAGUUCUGAACAUCAAACCAUACUGCUGCACAGGCUCAGGUCACUCUGUCCACAGAGGAGGCUACACCUAUGAUCUGUCUGCUGUGGUUAUGCAUCAUGGUAAAGGCUUUGGCUCAGGGCACUACACCGCAUACUGCUACAAUACGGAAGGAGGUUUCUGGGUCCACUGUAAUGACUCUGAGAUGAAGGUUUGCAGUGUGGAGGAAGUGUGCAACACUCAGGCCUAUAUUCUCUUCUAUACCCAGAGGUCUGCCUAGGAACCUCUCGCUGUGAUGUCGACCUGUGCACGGCAACUGAAGGCUGCAUUUAUGAAAAAGUUUCUCUGAUGUUUUCCCAGAUGUCAUUAAACAAUCACUUGAAAGUGAUGUACUAAAAAAAGAUAGCAAUGAGGGCAGUAGGACAGCCACAAUCAUGAGGCAAGGUGAAAAUUUUAACAGCAUAGCUCAGAUGAGACAGAUGAUGAUAAUGGUAUAAAUAGACUAAUGUUGCCAAGGAAAAUAAUUGAUGAAUUUGAUUUAAAAUGUUGUCAUGUACAUCUUCGGAUUUGGAUCGUUUAAAAGUUUCCACAUAUGAGGUUUUGAACAUAAACAUGUCAGCAAACAGCUGUUUGUUUUGUAAAGCUGCGGUGCAGUAAUGGCACCCUGAGCAGUGACUGAAGCCACACUGCCUCCAUGUGUUUUGUAAUCUGAUUCUCCGUUCUUUGUUUUGGUAGUUUGUCCAGCUGCACAUACUUCUUAGUGCUUGUGUGUCCCUCCUUGUGAAACUUUCCACUUUGAAGUGUGCAGCUGAAGGCAUUCCCUUUCAGUCGCAACCAUCAAACUUUAGUCACCUUUAUAUUACUUGAUGUUUAGUUGGGCUGAGCAGGACGGUUAGCAAGCUAAUGAUUACAUUGCAUGCAUUUAGGUCAAACAGUAGAUCAAAGAACUGGCUCCCUACUGAGCUGAAUAUGUUACUAAUCUUAAGAAAAUAAAUCAGUCAGUCACCAAUGAAAUAUCCAUGAUGUACAUCCUCUUGCUUGCCUAGUGUACUUACCUUGUUGACAAAAAGGUGUGUGUUUAAUGACACCAUGCUGAGAACAUGACUGGGCUCUCGUUUAUUUUGGUGCUCUGCUGCAACAUCUAGUGGCUGAAAAUCUCAUAUGUAGAACCUUUUCACUUAAAAAAAAAAAAAAAAAAAAUCAAAAAUCAAAAACCUUUUCAUAAAUGAGGCCACAGGUUUCUUGGCCUGUGGGACCAGCAUACUGGUUAAUGGCCCGAAGACUGUGGGAGCAGGUCUGGCUCUGUCCUGCUGAACACCACAUUGUGUGUGUCCUUAUUUCUAAGAUUUAAGAAAAAAAAAAAAAAAUCAGGCUCAUGUCUGAGUCUGGAAUCAACCAGGCAGUCUCCUGAGACAGCAUUUUUACAUUCAGAGACAACACAGAUUCUGGAUUUUGGAGGAUUUUAUCACACUAAGUUCAUGUGCGUUUUAUGUAUCUACACACGAUGCCAGUGCACUAAAUAUCAGAUUCAGCUCGAAUGAAAGUGAAUCAAGUGACAGAACCAAAUAAAGUUCAGACUCUGUGUUGCCUCCUGUUCAGCUCUUUUUAAUUAUUGUGAAAUGUCACUUCUGGAAACUUUUAAUACUCAUCCCUGUGUCAUUUGUAUGUCAUCAAGUCCUCUCCUCAAGUGUACUGCUAUGACUGGAUACUGUGUCCUGUGCUCUCAGUGAACAGGAAUAGUUUUUUAGUUUAUUUUGUAGUCAUUCUAUGUUUCACUUCUGUGAAAAGAAGCAAAAAGUAUGAGUUUCUGACACUUUGAUAGAUGAUCAGUGAUGGGAGGCUGCACUUUUGAGGAGGGGCCAAUACUGUUGGUCCUAUCUUUGUGAUUGUUCAUCUUUUAGCUCCUUUAUCUUCUUUAAAUGGCAGCUCCCCCUGUGGUGUAACGCUUAGACUAGUCUGAGCCCAGGUCGGUGACACUGCCCUCCACCCCCCCGUGUUGUGACUACAGGAGAUGAGAAAGUGAGUGAAAGGGGCAGACUGCGAUACUGAAGAAUGUGUUUUUGGGAGACUUGGGGUACCCGUUUUGAGUUGAGCACCUGAAAGCAAUAUAUUGUACAUCUUGCAUCUCGACAGGAAAUUAAGAUAAAAUCAGGAAUUCUUCUUAUUAUACAAUGUUUUUUUCUACUCUGCUGUUUGUAUCAAGGUCUUUAGAAUUUGCUAGGUAAUCAAGAAAAACUGUUGUGUUUGAUACGAGUCAAAUGCAAAAAUACAUUUGUGAACUCUAUGUGAAAGUUGGAACAAUCUAAUGACGAUGAAUGUCUUACUUUUUAGUGGUCAGGUGUGGCCAUGCCACUGGCUCUGAUCCCCUUGAGUUCUGUCCUGUCUGCAAGAAUACCUGUCAUAAAUGUAAUGGUCAUAUGGGUUUUGCCUGACAGUAAUUAUUAAAAAGACAAAGCAAAUUUGACACAU